AUGCCCCCCAGUCCGUCGACGUCGCCCCCUCCCAAGACCGGCUCCGACGACUCUCCCAGCCGCAUGUCGGAGGCCGCUCUCAGGAAAAAGAAAAAUGCAGACGCACAGGCCGCCUUUCGGGCUCGCCGCGCCAACUACAUCGCUACCCUCGAAGAAACAGUCACCAACCUCGAAGCCGUCGUCAUCGAGCUCCAGGACUCAUGUCGGAAGGCAAAGCACGAAAUCCAGGAGCUGCGCCAGGAGAAUGCCCGUCUCAAGCAGGAGCUCAGGCAGCGCGAUCGCACCCUCAAGCGCGUCUGGCAGGGCAGGUCCGUCGCCAGCCUCAGCCCCCAGUCCGACGAUUUCUCCUCCGCGCCCCCAUACCAUCCCCACCCGUCCCCCAGCCUCGUCGCCGCGUCCAUGGCAGGCUACACAGACAACCCCAUGCGCUACGCUCCCCCACCUCCACCCGACCAGUCCAUGGCCAUGGCCACGUCCUUCCACCACUCUGCUGCCGGCACCGACUACAUCCAACGCUCCCCCGCCUUGACCUUUGCGAGCUCCGUCGACACCGACACGUCCCCAGACCUCCGCUCGCAGCAGAUGGAUCCCCACAGGAUGCCCCGAUACGACCAGUACGCGUAUCAUAUGGACCCCGCUCCCCGUGACACUCCUUGGAUGCGCACAGACCCACAGAACGGCCCAUCUCCUGGCGACGUCCUCGACAGCGGCAGCUCGUCCCACUCCCCAAACUACAUCGAAUCUCCUACUCUAACAUCCUCCGAACUAGGCUAUCCAUCUCAGUUUCCCCUCGACGAGCAAAAGGUCUCUAUCGCCGCGCUCAACAACUCUUAUAUGUUUUCCUCUAGUCGCUCCAUAUCCCCUGCCGUAUCAACCCCCACCUCGACCUCAUCCACCUCUCUCGCCCCCGUUCCAUUCCCAUUCACCUUCCCAGAAGGCACCGUAGCCCAAGACCGUCCCGAGUUUGGUUAUCGCAGACACGGCCAAGCUCCCCAGCUCACAUUGCACGGAGGCACCGCCGACAUCUCAGUCGCCGCCUCAAGUCGAGACGUCGCCCGCUACCGUCCAAACAUCCUCACAGAUCCUCCUAUCGCGCAGGCUUUAUCCCGUGUAGAUAACGGAUCGGGCGGUCGCAAUAGCGAUGAUAGCGAGGCGGCAUCUUACACUUAUUCCAGGUCACGCCAGCGCAGCGAGACUGGCUCAACACGCGCAUCACGUUCUCCUUCGCCAGCGCCCCCGCCGUUGUGUGGCACCCUGGCAGUCAUUAAAGCGCAAGCGUUUGGUGCCCUUCGACGGACCAGGACACGCAGUAGGAAGACCUCGGAGGGCGCCGCAAAGGCGGCUGUGCAGGCCUUGGAGGCCAGAGGCAUCGGGAUGGGGAUCACGAUAGGGGCGGGUUCGAAGCGGCCUCGGUUGCUCGUCGAUGAUGGGGACAUGCAGGCAUGA